AUGCUCGAAGGUCGUUUCCUCGUUGAAGUCACUCAGAAGUCUUGGUAUUCGGGGCCCAAGCAUUUCAAGACACGAAAAGUCACAGAGUUGCACAACUUGGCUGCGAAGCGAGGGCAUGGCGAACAGGUUCUGCUCCUAUUCAAUGGUGGAGAGCCUGGAGCGCCUCCACUUGAGACUGGUUUCAACAUGCCGAGUUUCAAGGUUUUGUAUUUCAGCGAGCGCACAAUUGGGAAAGUUCCGGAGAGUCUAGAAGCAGCACGCAGGGAGGCCGAGGUUGCUCGAGAAGUAGCCCGCAGGGAGGCCGAGGUUGCUCGAGUGCAGGCCGAAGUUGCUCGAGAAGUAGCCCGCAGGGAGGCCGAGGUUGCUCGAGUGCAGGCCGAAGUUGCUCGAGAAGUAGCCCGCAGCGAGGCGCUCCAACGUGAACUUAAUGAGCUCAAAGCUACCAGAACGCCGUUGCCAUUCGCAAGUGUUUGGGCAGUGCUUGUGGUAGUUGCAGGGGUGGCCCUCGCAAGUCUAUACGUGGGUGCCGCAAACCAGCUGCAAUCGUAG